AGUCUGUUAACAUGAAAUUCAAGUCGGAUAAAGAUGAUGAGCUCUCUGGAGGAAAUCCGUUCCUCAGUCUCGACAAAUCGACCGUGUUGCAAGAGACCAGGAGCUUCAACGAGACUCCAAUCAACUCCAGGAAGUGUGUCUCCAAACUAACCAACUUGCUGUACGUUUUAAAUCAGGGCGAAGCGGUGUCGACGCCUGAAGCUACUGAUGCUUUCUUCUCGAUGACCAAGUUGUUUCAGUCUACGGAUCCGAGCAUAAGAAGGAUGUUGUUCCUGGCUAUUAGGGAGCUAGCCAACUUGGCACAGGAUGUGAUCAUCGUGACUAGUAGUCUGACUAAGGAUAUGACGGGACCUGUCGAAGCUUUCAGAGGACCUGCAAUUCGCGCACUAUGUUCCAUUGCCGACAGUGGAAUGCUCCAACAAAUAGAGCGAUACAUGAAACAAGCAAUCGUGGCAAAGAGUCCCCACGUGGCAUCCGCAGCUCUGGUCUCCACUCUCAAAAUGUACCACAUGAACCCAGAUGUCGUGAAACGAUGGGUGAACGAAGCCCAAGAGGCUCUCAAUUCGGAUAAUGUCAUGAUCCAGUUCCAUGCUUUGGGUCUCCUUUACCAGAUCAAAAAGCGAGAUCAGUUGGCUGUCAGCAAACUGGUUGCGAAGCUCAGUCGGUCUUCGUUGCGUUCACCAUACGCAUGUUGUUUGCUAAUUAGGGUGGCGUUUAACUUGAUUGAAACCAGUGGCGAGGGAACUGGUAGUCAGUUCUUUGAGUUCAUCGAGAACUGUCUUCGACACCGCCACGAGAUGGUUAUUUACGAAGCUGCGCAUGCCAUGGUAAAUAUGAAUGGAAUCACAGCCAAGGAUUUGGCCCCUGCUGUUUCGGUUCUUCAACUUUUUUGCAGCUCGCCAAAGCCGACGUUGAGGUUCGCAGCUGUCAGGACCCUAAACAAGAUUGCUAUGAAUCAUCCAGCCGCUGUGACAGCGUGUAAUUUGGACCUGGAGAACUUGAUUUCGGAUAGUAACCGAAACAUAGCUACAUUGGCCAUAACUACGCUUUUGAAAACAGGAAAUGAAUCGAGUGUUGAUCGACUAAUGAAGCAAAUCACUUCCUUUAUGACUGAAAUUUCGGAUGAAUUUAAAGCGGUAGUGGUGGAUGCGAUCAAGGCGUUGUGCCACAAGUUCCCGCGCAAACACGGGAUCUUGUUGAACUUCUUGGGAUCCAUGCUGAGGGAUGAGGGCGGCUACGUGUACAAGAAGUCAAUCAUAGAUGCCAUUGUGGGGAUAGUGGAGGAGAAUAUGGAUGCUAGGGAGACAGGCCUUGCCCAUCUGUGUGAGUUCAUUGAGGACUGUGAGCAUGAUGUGCUGGCCACUCGCAUUCUCCACCUCCUCGGCCGAGAGGGGCCUAGAACUGCACAACCAUCCAAAUACAUCAGGUUCAUCUACAACCGGGUGUUGCUGGAGAAUCCGGCGGUGACGGCGGCUGCAGUGAGUACUCUGGCCAAAUUCGGAGCAACCUGCGAGGACCUGCUGCCCAAUAUCAUCACUCUGCUCAAAAGGUGUCUCAUGGAUUCCGAUGACGAAGUUCGAGACCGAUCGACCUUCUACUUGAGCAUUCUGGAGCAGAAGGACCGAGCUCUAAACUCCAAGUACAUUCUGAACACGAUGAGUGUCUCAAUUGGCGGGCUGGAAAAGGCACUGACCGAGUAUGUUCGAGACUCCUGCGAGCAACCGUUUGACAUGAAGAGCGUCCCGGUUUCUGCUCAGCCCCUGUCGGAACAAAGCGUCCAACCAAAACCCACUUUGCAACAAGUUGCUGCUUCGGAUCACUCGGGAGGUUCAUCUGGUGCUGGAAAAGCGGACGCGGUGGGAAUCACUGGAGCUGGUCGGCAGGAGAUUUACGCGGAACAGCUGGCAGCUGUUCCGGAGUUUGCAGCCCUCGGACCCCUUUUCAAGUCUUCGGAUAACGUGGAGUUGACUGAAGCGGAGACGGAGUAUGUGGUCCAAUGUGUCAAACACACAUUCAACGACCACAUUGUGCUGCAGUUCAACUGCACCAAUACAUUGCAGGAUCAACUGUUGGAUCGCGUGUAUGUUGAGCUGGAUCCCAGCACGGAUGGGUUCCGAGUGGAAAAAGUGUUGCCGUGUGCUCGCCUGAUCUACAACCAGCCGGGCAUCACCUAUGCUCUCGUUAGAUUGCCUGAAGACCCCCUCAUGGCAUCUUCCUGCAGCUUCUCUGCCACUCUAAAGUUUGUGGUGAAGGACUGUGACCCGAACACAUUCGAACCUGAUAGUGAGGAUGGCUUCGAGGACGACUAUGUACUGGAGGACAUUGAGAUUGGGCUGAGUGAUCACGUGAUGAAGUGUCUGAAGGCGAGCUUCGGGGCUGCCUGGGAUUCGAUGGAGAACGAGACAGAGGAGACAUUCGCCAUCCCCUCUGUGAACACUGUGCCUGAGGCAGUGGCCAACAUACUCGCAUUCAUGGGCAUGCAGGCGUGUGAGCGGAGUGACAAGGUGGCCGAAGGGAAGACCAACCACACCCUCUUCCUCUCGGGGGUGUUCCGAGGGGGCAAGGAGGCACUGGUGAAGGUCAAGUUCGCCCAGGUUGAGGGCGUGGCCAUCAAUGUGGUUGCGAGGAGUGUAGACCAGAUUGUCAGUGAUGUCAUUGUGUCUGCAGUGUCAGAAGUGUAAUCAUGGUGGUUUUUAAGUGGGUGGCAAAGACGAAGUGAUUAGAUGGGGGUUUUGAACUAAGCGCAACUAGAAUUAGUGAUCGGAGGGGUCGGUUUUUUGAACUCACGGUAUUGGUACUUGAUGUUAACUCGUAAUUGGCGGAAUUUUUAGUUGAAUC